UUCAGAAGGUCUUCGCUGUUUUUCCCACACUUGCAAUGAAAUUAAAGUUCGCCUGCACUGACAUUAGUAACUUGGGAACGAUACCUGACGUUUGAUGAUGGACAACUAGAAAAACGCAGCUGUAUUAUAUUUCCCUUUUGAACACAUCUUCGCAUGUUUCUUAAAACGGCGCGCACACAAGACACUCAGCUAGCGGGUUUCUAUAGAAAAGGAAAACAGUCUUCGAAUCUCUCAGACAUCAUCGGAGGGAAUCUCAACAAUUGCGUCUGUAAUGUAGAGUUCAUGGACUCUUGAAAUUUUUCAGCAAGUGAAGAGAGGAUAUUUUGAAAUGGAAUGCAAUUCCUCUUGUAAGCCAGUCUGAUCUUGACAAAGCAAUUGAAAUCUUGGACAGAAGCCAGCACCUCACCAGCCUUAGAAUACUCUUGUCACUACCUAAUGGCAUCAGUGACUACACCAGUCACAAAUCUAAUGUGCCAAAUGCAUCAGUGAUGCCUCCAAGCAACCCAAAGGUUGGAUCUCUCUUUGGCAAACCUUUCUAUAAAAAAAGACAACCAAGAAGUUAUGGACUUGGAAUCAGGCAUCUCUCCAGGUCUCAGUCAACCCCUGAUGAGAUCGCUUACAUGGCAGUGGAUCCACCCAACACACCAAGUUUAUCAAGAUACAUCAAUGUGCAGUACAUGUCAUCCAGUAAUAUCAACACCAGAGGCCGAAACUCUCCCCCUCCAGGAUUCCAUCAUGAUGAAUUCCCAGCUCAGCCUUUCCAUAUGGUCAGGGUAAGAGUUGUUUCCAGUCCAAGCUCUGAAGGUUCUUGGAGAGGAUCAUCCUUUUCUGUCGACAGUGGAGGAGAAAUGCAAUCAUUUUACAACUCUACAAGAUCAGCAUCAAACAGCUCACUGGUGGUGGCUAGUGGAAUGUUUUCCUCAGAAGAAGAUAUAACCGACUGUAAAGCUCAUACGUACCCGAGAAGGAGAAGUCACACGAUUGGAGGACCAGAUGUGGACUAUAAUGACGGAAGCCAAAGAUACAAUGGUACACAGAAUUCUCGCAAACCAAUUCCGCUGUCGAUGAGAAUAGACCAGCAAAUUAGUCCUGCCAGCAGCAGUAGUAGCAGUAGUGGUUUGAUCGCUGACAUCGAUAUAAACACAAAAAGACCUGGAAGAGAGUCUGAGCUCGAAGUCGCCGUGCAGAAGCUUAAAGACAUGUCAAUAACAGAAACAAAAGUGCUUGAGGUGCCUCGAAACUGGACGAAAGGGAAGCUUCUCGGAGCAGGAGCGUUUGGUCAGGUAUACAUGUGUCAUGACCAUGAUACAGGGAGCGAAUUAGCCGUCAAACAAGUUGAAGUUGGGCUCCUCAAUACUGCGACCCAAAAGGAAGUGAAAGCUCUCGAAGCAGAGAUCGAUCUUUUAAAGAAUCUCAGACACGACAGAAUAGUGUUAUACUAUGGGACACAACAGACAGAUCUGCAUGUCUACAUAUUUAUGGAAUACAUGCCUGGGUCAUCGGUACACGACCAUAUCAAACAACAUGGUGCUCUCAAUGAGAGUUUAACGAGAAAAUAUACAAGACAAAUUCUAGAAGGAGUGUCUUUCCUUCACGCGACUCUAAUUGUACACAGAGAUAUCAAAGGUGCAAACAUCCUUAGAGAUCUUCGUGGUAAUGUGAAAUUAGCCGAUUUUGGAGCGUCCAAGAGAUUACAGACAAUUCGAAGUAAAACUGGUUUUCGAUCAGUUCAUGGCACUCCAUACUGGAUGGCACCAGAGGUGAUAAACGGGGAAGGCUACGGGCGCAAGGCUGACAUCUGGAGUCUUGGAUGCACGGUGGUAGAGAUGCUGACGACGAAGCCUCCAUGGGCGGAGUUCGAACCAAUGGCGGCCCUGUUUAAGAUUGCAACGCAGCCUACAGAGCCUUCGCUGCCGCACGAUCUGUGUGAGGACGCCAGGGAGUUUAUUCAGUCCACUCUGACAAAGAACUCUUGGCAAAGGCCUUCGGCUGACGAACUGCUGAACUUCACCUUCGUUGUAAACUCCGCAGUAACGACAUGUUUAUGACGAUCGAAAAGAGCGAGCGAUGUCUAUGACGAGGUAUCCUUGUAAGUCAAGGACUUUCUGUCGUUUGAAAAGAGUGGGUGAUGAACUUCAUCACGACUUUGCAGUCAAUCCUUAGGAAUAUCAUCAAAGUAUACUUUACAACAAAAUUGCCAAUUAAAAACGUUGAGCUAAAGGUCAUUUGAUGCGGGCAAGCUAAGGAUCUGUGAUAAGAAGGCAUUAUCAUCCCGAUGGAAUAAUCAAGGGAAGUUUCAAGCAUCAAGAAGAGAAAUUCGAAAUACAAAGUGAGAAGCAAACUGAACUAGAACGCAUUGACGUUGAUUUCAACUACGAGCGAGAGUUGAAGAAUUUUUCACAGUAGUAUUAAUUAUACAUUUUACAAGCGAUGAAAUUUUUGCCGAUAAUUCUUCUCGUUAGACGUGGAGGCUAAAAAAACAUCCUUAACAGGAGAGGUUGUGGUAUAGAGUAUAAAAGUUUUAAAACCAAUAUUUUUUAAAUUUACUCCUCUACGAAGAAGACGAGAAAAUAUUUACAUAUUAUUGUACUGUAAUUGUUUAUAAAUAUGUGAUUCUUUGCUUCUUCGUGCCAUUCAAAGCCGACACCGACUUUUCACGAAAUUGUACUGAAGAUUGCACGAGUCGUGGACUUUUAAGCGUGAUAACUACAAACAUUCUGGCAACAGGAGUGAUAUUUUCAGUUCUUUGUAGAGCUAUGUUGGAAUUGUGUAUGUACCAAGAGAGUAUCAAGCUAAGAGGCUGGCUUCCUUGCGAUGAACAUAGAGUUAAAGGAAUCCCUCUCAAUAUAUUUUCCGACUUAUUUUCUGUGGUCUCUUGAGAAUAGUGUCACAAUUACCAGACAUAUAACUUGAAUCUCUUAUUGGAGAACAACUACAUUCAGCAUUGGAUGUCCAAGUGCGGAAAUAUCGCGACGCGAAAUUGGUUGUUUUCUUAGAUCCUCCAAGGAUAUCUGAAAUUAGUAGUGAUUUCAAAAUAGUUCACAUGUUCUUUUUUUCGUGCUUGGCAAGCGUGAAUCUGACUUCAAGUUGUCCUCCACUUUUCACCGGUUACAUGAUUGGCGCGCUCUCAAUUGCCACAUGUUUCCCGCACUUGACUCAGGUUUUGUCAGUUUAAUUUAUUUUUUCCCGCUCUUUUCUUUUCGCUUGGUACAUAUUUGGCGCGCCUGCCAAAAAUUUUUGCGCGCUUGAUGCUGAUUGGUCCCACUGGUCCAUGUUUCCGUUGCGUGAGGGUUUGUGGGUUUGUGGGUUUGAGUUUGACAAUUGUGAUACUAGUGUCAGUGAGACCAAAAGAGAUUUAAGUCAACCGGAGAUCUUAAAUUGGUUACUCUGAAAUUAUUCUAAAGAAGCGUGUACAUGAAGCCUAAGAUAUUGAGUUUUUUUACGAUAUGUAAAUAAUUAAGCUUGUCAAUAGAGGCGUUCUGUUUUUUCGAAUUUUGUUCGUUCUGAACAAGUGAUAUUUUAUAUGACAGCUUGCUUCAAUAAGUCAUACAAUGAAAAUUUAUAUUGUAUAAUACUGCUGUAGAUAAGGCAUAGGUUGUAGAUAGGUUUCAUCGAUAAAAGAUCAAUUUAUGGCUUUCUUAGUUCUCCAGCUACAAAGCCCAAAUUCAAAUAAUUAAUAUUUUCAUUGACAAUUCAUCGCUUCCCAUAAUAAACUGUCGAAUGUGUGGCAUGAAUGUAAAUGAAAUCAGUAGUUCUUGUUUAAAGAUCGCCACCAUGGUUUCAUCCAAAUAGCUAAACCUUGGAACCACACAUUGCAGCAGAACAAGAAUUGUUAUCACUUUGUCGGGCAUUGUAGCGCAUUUUGCGGGCUAAAAUGUACUUUAGCCCGCUCGCACGCUCGCGUUUCUGUUCAAAAUUUUUUUGGUCAUUUUUUUAAAGUUUUUAUUUUCUUAAUGCCUUCCAAAGUGAUGAUAAUAGUAAGACGGUGUGUGUUCUUGGAUACUGAUAUGUUUUGGGCUCUUCUUAGAUCAUUUUAACCAUCGCUCCGGCUCCGGCCAAAAUGACUCGGUGUCAUAACACACGGAAGUUCUGCUCAUUGGCUUCUAGACAUAAGGGUUUCUUCCACGCACUUUUAAACGAGAACUACUUUGUACAUCGUGAUACACAAUACCACUUAACAGUACUACUUCAUUUUAAUGGUCACAGGGGUAUCUUACACAGACAUAAAUCAUGAACAUUAAAGGGUGAUUUUUGAUAAGUGUCGUUAAA